AUUGUCAGAACUUGGCGCGAACGUUCCAAACAAAAGUGGCGCAGCAAGAGUCCAGAGGUUUUUCUGUUUUUAAUUUUUAAGUGACGAUACCAAAAAAAAUCAACAAUCAGUACAUAAAAUUCUAAUCUAAAAUGAUAUUUAGUCAAGAUUAUCAACGAUCGGUCGAUGAUGUUCACACAAUAAUCCAAUAUGCAAAGCUUGAUCACAAUAACUUGACCAAUACUGCGCAGGCUAUUUACUAUCCGGAAGGCGAUCAGGAUAUGUCCAAGCUGAAGCUGCUGGAAGCAGACGAUCACAUUCUGCAGCAAAUAAAGGAAGGCAAAUCGGUAUCCUUCAAGGGAGCUCUCAACGAGAAAGUGGUCAUCUGCACCGAAUCCCGAACGUACGAGGUGAAGGAAGCGGAAAUUUCCAACAGUCUGCUGCUCGUUCCCCAUUUGAAGCAAGCGCAAGCCACCAGUCGAUCGCCGAUCAAAAGUCCUAAGGGCGGUGUGAACACCUCGCUGGACAGCAGUACGGAAGAUGUGGACGAGCCCGUGGACAGCAUCGACACGGUGGAGCGGAGGGAUGUGGUCAAAAUAUUCCACGAUUAUUUCGAGUGCCGACAGGUGAAGCCCAAGUUCAGAAAGAUCAUCGACCUGCUCAGGUUGACCAAGUACUCCGGGGCGGAGAAUGAACAUCAGGUCGACAAGUCGUUACUGUUCCGAUUCCAGCAGCUGUUGGACACGGUCCAAUGCAGCAAAGAGGAGUUUCAAGAUGGUCUCAAAAAAUAUCGUGCGAUUGAGAUAGAGGACCGGAUUCGUAUGCUGGACAGCGAGUAUGAGUACAGGAUAGUGACACUGUUGUUGGCACUGAUCGAGGAGAAUUCAUGGGAAUUGGAUGAAAUUGAUAAGAAUAUGAGCUUUGAUGCGCUGCAGGGAAUCGUUCCUUACGAAGUAGUCGAUGGUGUAUUCGAUGUCUACACGGAACAAAGCGAAAGAGUGCCAGGGCGAUUUAAAUACCGUGAAGAUCUGGUGUGUUCACUGUUUGCGGAGAAAAUCCUGCAGCAAGGGUUGAAGUUUCAAAUUGAUGAUUUUCUGAGCACGUGGCAGGAAACACUACCAGACGGAUUCAAAGCUGACGAGCGAUACCUGCGAGGCAUUGGGAUCAUUGAUCGCGAAGGAAAUGUUCCCUGUGUGAGAGGAUUGAACGAAGCUGACCUACCAACUAAUUUGCUAGUUCGGUUGGUAACGUUGUUUAAAACAAAGGAACGAUGGAACUUGGAGCAAAUCGAACCAUACAUUGAAUGUUUUACAACACCAACUCUGGGAGUGACAUCAAUUCUGGCCAAACAUACUCGUUCGUUAGUUGUGAAUGGCGUGCGGAUUUAUGUUUCCAAGCACUAAACAGCAUUUUUUUCUCUCUUCAAGUGUUAAAUUUAGUUUCGAAUUAAGAAUAUAAGCUAGAUUGAGUACAUUUUUAAAA